AUUGCAACAACUGGGAAACGAAGCGUUUUGAUUUUUAGAACAGAAUGAAUCUUCAUCGUGGAUCUUGUUGCUUCAACUUUCAUCUUCCUUUCCCAUCAAUUUAGGGUUUUCAGAAAUUCAAUUUCUCUUCCUUUCGUCAACGUUCACUCUCUUCAUACGAUACUUCGUUACGGGAACUGGUCUUUUGGUGCAUUUGAAUUUGAAUUUGAAUUUGAACUUGAAUAGCAUGAGCAUGUGAAUGAAGAAAAAAUGCAGGCCGAUGCGGAAAUCUUGAUUGAUUUUAACACUCAACUUCAUUCUGAGACUGUUGUUUCGGUUCAAAAUGGGGAUCCGGGUGUUUCGACAUCUCUUGCAAAUGAUGUUGUCAUGCCUCAGCAGCCAGCUCCGAAAAAACCAACGAGGCAGUGGGCUGCUUGGACUCGUCAAGAGGAGGAAAGCUUCUUCACCGCAUUACGACAAGUUGGAAAGAAUUUUGAGAAAAUCACUUCCCGUGUACAAAGUAAAAACAAGGAUCAGGUUAGGCAUUAUUACUAUCGGCUUGUGAGACGGAUGAACAAACUUCUUGGUCCAGAAUUAUGCCUGGAUGCCAAAAACUCAAAAGAUACUAAUGCGGCAAUGCUUCGCUGGUGGUCUUUAUUGGAAAAGUAUAGCUGCAAAGCCUCAAAACUUCAUCUAAAGCCCCGGAGGUUUAAAAUAUUUUUAGAAGCCUUGGAGCACCAACUUUUGAAGGACCGGAAGAAGAAUAUAAAGAAGCGACCUUUGCAGGGUGGAAAUUGUCAAUCUCCUGCUCUUAACACUAUCUCAAAUCAGUCAAAUACCCGUGCAGUUAAAAUGAUUCUUGUUGAGAGUCAAAAUAUCAUAAAACUUGGACCUUCAAAACCACCAUUGAAGCGCAAUGUGAACAUGGGUGUUAACCGCAGUAAUGCUAAGGGAGAUUCAAAUAACUCAAAACCUACAAGGCAGCGGAAGAAAUCUGCUACGAUCACAGCAGCUGCAUAUAGAAAAUGGGAGAAGGCUGCAAUUGCUGGAGUCUCUUUAGUUGCAGAUGCUGCUGAGCAUUUGGAGCGAGCUGCCACUGUUAAAGAGGCUGAACAUGACCAGGAGAAUCCCGGUAGCUAUCACAGUGGAGGGAAAAAAUGUUCUGAUCCUGCCGAUCAUGUCCUUCCCUCUUUACCCACAUUUCCACAAAAUCACUAUGUUGAUAACAAUGUACAGAAUACUGUGAAACUUAAGCUCCAAUUAUUCCCAAUUGAUGAACCCACUCGAAGAGUCUUGGAAAUGGAGAAGCAUAAUCCAUUCUUGGAGCUUACUCUUAGUACACGAAAGAAGAUAUCAUCAAUUUUAGAACAUCUAAACCGCAAAUGGGGCAAUUCAAGCAUAGCAGUUGGAGAGUUGAUGCUUUUUCCUUAUGGUGUUCAAAAGGAAAACUUGAAUAUUUAUCAAAGAUGGAACCAGGAAUCUACUCUUAGUGCCGCAGAUAUAUAUGCAGUGAUAGGAAGUCCGCCUAUAUUCCGUUUAAGGUAUGGUUGGUUCUCUAAUGCUGAGCACGGGACAUUAAAUAUGCAAACCCCUGUAGCAUCCAGUUACAUAGUUAGACAGUCCAAAAACGGUGAUGAUAAUAUGAUGGAUCAGAUUGUGAAUUUGACAUCGCUUCCUAUGCCAUCAACUAACAAUUACUCUACGGAGUGCUCUGUAAAUUGUGAAACAUCCAUGAACAAAAGCAACGCUCUUACCUCUACUUCAACUUAUUUGCCUAACACUAUAGACGGAAGUAUAUACCAGAAUACAAGUACUGAGGAACCUUGUGGACCUACAGCCCAUAUAUCAUUGCAUGGAAAAGAUGUGACUGAUGGAGCUGUAUCUAGACAGUUGGAAGACAUGGAGGAGUUGAAAUCAAACAGUGGAUCUGGCCUGUCGGCUGGUGAGUGGGCUGACAGCCUUACCAACAUUAGUGUGGGGGAUCUACUAUCAGGAGUCUCCCAGGAUCUCAAUGAUAACUGCAUUGAUCCUCUAAUUGCUGAGAAUUGUCGUAGUGUUCAUCAAAUUCCUUUUAGUAGUGAUUCUUUUGAUGCUGCUAUUGCUGCUCACAUAUCUAAACACCAAGACAAGAUGGGACAAUCAACUAUGGUAUCUCAUAUGUCAUCCAUCUGGGAUGCUGAAGAAACUUGUGAUGCUUUCUCAUUUAAAAAACAUCCUAUUCGUCAUGAAGAUGGUCCUUGUUUUUCUCUCACUGCUGCUUUAGAUUCUGAUAAAAAGGUCCUUGAAAGAAGCUUUGACAAUUUGGAUAAGCUUUCACCUGAAAAAGAGAGCCUUGUGGAUGAUAUUGCUCAAACAGACCAUAUGCCUAUGGACAGUUGUGAGGCCGGUGCAGAUAUCAAGUAUCAUUUAGCAAAGGAUUUUACUGGGAUAGCAGAUAUGUAUUGGCCUGAUUCUUUGGGACCGCUUGAUUUGGAAAUACCAUCUACUAAGUACAACAGUGAUGAUCCAAUUUUAAGUGAUAGUCUUAGUGGACUGAAUCGCUUGAUAGCCAGCAGCCUGGAUGCAUUCCAGAAUUGCUCCUUUUUUGGGAUUGACAAGAAGGAAACACCAUCGACAGUUGAGGCUCAAGAAACUGCCACUCUCUCAGAUUUUAAAAUUGGAAGUGGUAUUUGAGACUCUACAUGGAACUGCUUCCUGGUAACGUUUUCUAAUUUCGGCAUUUUGUAGUUUGUCGUGAAUAACCUUUUUCCUUAAACUAACUUGAGGUGUGCAUGCCGAGAAAAAUGGUUUGAGCCACUUCAACUCCUGAUGUAUAUGUUUGUCUAUUUUGGCUCUCUUCCAUGUAUGUACAAAAAAUGGGCAUAGAAGGAUCUAUAUUGUAUCUGUCUCAUGGGGUUCUGUCAGCUUUUGUAUAAAUAUCCCUUUACCAAGUAAACAUGUCCUUUUCUUAUAUUCUUAGCUUCUGUACAUUGUACUAUAAGAAGGAAGUCUUGUUACCCAAUGGCAUAAACCCGAUUUUAGAAGUUAACGGACCUUUUUUCUUCUUUCUGGUGCAUGUUAAUGAAAAACUAUCGAUUAUUUGUUUA